GCGACGCACGCGUCUUAAGUCAAGGAAGUUUUACUUGUAUAGCCCAAUAUCACAAAUUAGAUUACUUUCCCUUUCGUCGCGUUUUUAUUCUGGAUUUUUUUAAUUUACGCUUUUAUCGACAAGAAGAGACAAGUUUUAUUUUGCUCUUUCUCCGGCUGACGUUGAGAAGCGCUCGCAAGAAGAGGCUGCAAUGAAGUACAUCAUAGGAAUCGGCGGGGUUACUAAUGGUGGUAAAACCACUUUAACAAACAAGCUGAUCAAGGCAUUGCCUAACUGUUGUGUUGUGCACCAAGAUGACUUUUUCAAGAAACCCGAUCAGAUAGAAGUUGGGGAGGACGGCUUUAGGCAGUGGGAUGUGAUUACAGCUCUGGAUAUGGAGGCCAUGACAAACACGAUCAAGGGCUGGAUUGAGAACCCGGUGAAGUUUGCUCGUUCCCAUGGUGUUUCUCCCGUCACAAAUGUGCGUGAAGCUGAUGAGCAGAUCCACAUCCUGAUCGUCGAGGGCUUCCUGCUCUACAAUUACCCGCCUCUGAUGGAUGUAUAUAGCAAUUGCUAUUACAUCUCCAUUCCAUAUGAGGAGUGCAAGAGGAGGAGAAGUACAAGACAGUACACUGUCCCAGACCCUCCUGGCCUGUUUGAUGGUCAUGUGUGGCCCAUGUACCUGAAGCACCGAAAACAAAUGGAGGAUAGCUGUCUGAAUAUCAAGUAUCUGGACGGUUUGAAGUCUAAAGAGGAGAUCUACACCCAGGUGUAUGAGGACAUUCAAAACACGCUGUUCAAUCGUUUAUAGCAGGAAGAGUCCUCUCCCUCUGUGUACAAUUGUAAAUAACACCAAGGACUUUUUAUGCCUUUUUGUAUUUUUUUUUUUUUGUAAAUAGAUUAAAGCAACGUUAACUUAUCAUAAUUCUUUGUCGUCUUCACA